AUGACCGACUCGAGCGCAGCCUGGGACGUCGUGCUCCCGCUGCAGGGCCAGAUCCGACCGCGGCGCGUCCAUCUGCCUGCAUUCCUUCCCUCGUCCUCCCCCGGCUCGGUGCUGGCGUAUCUCGGCAUCCCCUUCGCACAACCGCCCGUUGGCGCACGCCGGUGGCAAGCGCCCCAAGGCCCUCUGCCCACAUGGCCGUCCGUGCGCCCAUCCACCUUCGGUGCCGACCCGCACCAGGACUUCGCGGCGAUGGAGGGCAUGUACCGCGGGCGCACGUCUGCCAAGACCGCGAUCCCGCGCACCGAAGACUGUCUGUACCUCAACGUGUGGGCCCCCACCACGCCCGCCUCUACGCCGCGCCCCGUGCUGGUGUGGAUCUACGGAGGCGCGUUUGCGGUGGGCAACUGCUCGCGUCCGCUGCACGACGGUGCGCGCCUGGCACACGAGAGCGGCUGCAUCGUCGUCUCGAUCACGUACCGCGUCGGAGCCAUGGGCUUCCUCGGCUCGCGUGCGCUCGUUGCCGCCGCUGGUGACUGGCCACUCGUCAGCGUGGAUGCACUCCACACCAAGCCGAGCGCGACCCAGGUCGGGGCUGGAAACUGGGGGCUGUGGGAUAUCGUAGCUGGUCUUGUAUGGGUGCAAGGUUCGAUCGGCGCGUUUGGGGGCGAUGCGCGCAAUGUGACCGUGUUUGGGGAGAGUGCAGGCAGCAUAGCGAUCCACUAUCUGCUUCUGAGCAAGGUGGUACCGGCGGGGCUGUUCCACAAGGCGGUGCUGCAGAGCGGUGUGUUAGCGACGCUGCUGCCGCGCACGACGCACGCGAGCCAGGCAUGCUGGGAUGCCCUUGUGCGUGCGCUGUGUCCGCAUCUCGAGGGAGACGACGAGGCGCAGGUCGAGUACAUGCGCACGCGCGUCCGUGCGGACCAGAUCGAUGCUGUCCUGCGCCCGCUCGUCGGAAAACGGCCCAGGUCCGAGUAUACUCCGACUCGGGCCGAUGUCCAACGCCUCCCGCCGGCUCGCGAGGAUGCAGACGAGCCGCUCGGCGUCACGGAUCAGUGGGGCCCCGUGUGGGAUGGCGUGCUUGUCGACGCCGACUUUGUGGCUCGUGCAAUGGGUCCGUUGCCGCCGCGCAGCGAGCUCCGGAAUGGACGCGGAGGAGUGGUGCUGGGGCUGUGUGCCGACGAAGGCACCAUGUUCAACUUUCUCGUCGCCACGUCCAAUGCGCUCGUCGAGCACCAGGCACUUUUCCACCCUUUGCUCGCUGCCGACAUGGCCACGAUGUACGGAUACGAUACCGCUACGCUUGCUCAGCCGACUCGGGGUCGCGAAAAGACGGAGCGGGACCGCGCGGCGGCGUACACGUGUGCGACGUACACGGGCGACGCGCAAUUCACCGCGCCCAUCCUGGACUAUAUGGCCGCACAGCGGCAGCAACGGGGUGACGUGGCGGUGUACGGGUACUUGCUGGCGCAUCGACCGUCGUGGGGGAUGUUGGAUGCACUCACGGUGGUGCCCGAGAUGACCGAGGACUGGGCGGCGUUCCACACGCUCGACAUCCCGCUCGUCUUUGGCCUUACCGGCAGCGGCGGCGGCGAGGAGCACGCGUGGGUGGGCGACAUUGCCCACUACGGAACAGAUCCCGCCCACGAGGCCGAGUCAGCUGCUGUUCUGUCGGAGCAAAGAGGCAUGUCGAGUGCCGAGCGCCAACUGAGCUUGACCAUGAUGCACACGUGGGCAGCCAUUGCGCGUCUCGACGGCGAGCUCGUACUACCCGAUGCAUCGAUCUGGGCACCUCUCGGCUCGACUGGUACCAACGGCGACCUCGGCAACAUUGAGCUGCUUGCAUUCGGCGAGGCGCCCCAGGCACCCGUCCCGCUCUUGCGGGACAGCAACCAGGUUCGCGUUUGGCAGACGCAGCUGGGCGAGCAUCCCUUCGCCCAGCACGCACCCGUGGGCGCGGCGUCGUUGCACGGGCGCGUGCAGUUCUGGCUCCAUCAACCCAUCUCCGGCACGAGCACACAGACGUGCAGGGCCAUGCAGAACUAUUACGGCUGGAUCAACGAGCCACCGCGCUUCUUGCCGUGGCCGCAAGCAUGA